AUGCACGUGGUAAAACAGGACAGGGAUCCUGCGUCCACCUUGGUGCCGCCGGCUGUGCGUGUGCAUGUGGGGCUGCCUCAUCGCGCCUUCACACGGCCCCUGACUGGAGAUGAUGUCCUUGUCGUUCCGGAGUUGCUCUGUGACCAGGAUGACUUCUCUCUCUAUCACAAAAUGGUGGAGGAAAUCUGCACUGCGCAGGCGGAGGGUAGCAAGGAAGCCAGGUGGGCAUCCUGGAAAGAUGGCUGCCAUCUGAUUACCAAGGCGCCGGAGUGUUCGGCAACUUACUGUGAUGUCGUCGCCAAGGUCAUAGCUUAUUUCCGGAUCCUGGAGCCCUCAGUCUACUCCCGCUUCAACUGGUAUGUUAAUGGAGCCGACUGGAAGCCGCUGCACCAUGAUACUGCAGCUUUCAGUCAGCGACGAUUGGGCAAGCAAAACAUCACUGUGGGAGUUUCCCUGGGUGGUGAACGGGAGCUGGCCUUUCGGCAUGUGCAGCAUGGCACCUUGGCGUAUUUUCCACAAGUGAAUGGGAUGGCCUUCUCCUUUGGGCGCCGCAUCAAUAUCAACUGGAAGCAUGGGAUCAAUGCACUGCCCCAGGAAAGACACAAUCAGCUUGGAAGGAUCUCCAUAAUCCUCUGGGGUUGGACCGAGCUUGCAGUCGAAGAGAAUGAGGAGUAUGGUGACGCAGCGGAAGGUGAUGUACCAAAGGCGGAAGCCUUCCACAAAAUAUGCAAGCAGUAUCAGAAGGGUAAAUGCACCUAUGGUGAGCGGUGCAAGUUCACACACUCCGAAGAAGCCUCGCUCCCGCAGGUCGCAGAAGUCAACUAG